CAUGUAUUCAAGGUAAAGAGCUGACAACUAAGCCAAGGAAGGAGAAGAGGAGGUACCUCAAGAUGCUUCUAUGUGUCAGGCGAUGAUAGACCGGUGGUCAAGGCGUACUCAAGUAGGUAAAUUCAAUCUCUUUACAAUCCCUUUAGUUUUGGAUUUCUAUAUAUUUGUUAAUGAAAUUGUAUCUGUCCCAAAUUGUGGAAUUGUAAUAUCUUUUUAC